AUGGUGCGUGAGCUCCACGAUGGCCUGACGGUGCGCUUCACGGACAACGGAAUCGUCUCAGAGGCACUUGCAGCGACUCACCGAGUGAAGCUGUGCAGCAUCCUCUCGCCUACGCUAUUCAGUCUCAUGUUCUCUGAUGUGCUGAUGAACGCCUAUCGUGGCGAAAGUCCCGGGAUCCGCAUCGGUUACAGGACGGACGGCCACCUCCUCAACCGCCGACAGAUGCACUUCCAGUCGCGCGUAUCCACGACUACCAUCCACGAACUUAUUUUCGCCGAUGACGGCGCCCUCAACGCCACGUCAGAAGGGGACAUGCAAAGGAGCAUGUACCUCUUCUCCGCCGCAUGCGAGGAGUUUGGCCUGACCAUUAACACAAAGAAAACGGUGGUCAUGCACCAACCGCCACCAAACACAGCCCACAGGUCGCCGCAACUCAGCGUGAACGGAACCCAACCGCAAGUGGUGGACAACUUCUCGUAUCUGGGCAGCACCAUCUUUCAAAACACCAGAGUUGACGAUGAAGUUGCACGCCGUAUUUUCAAGGCCUGA